AUGCUCGGUAACUCUGCGCGUGUUCUCGCCUCUGCGCCACUUGAUGCGGUGUCCCUAACGUUAAGACGUUCAUAUCGCGCCAUCUUCGAACCGCCACGUGAAGGAAAUCUCGCUCAAGUCCAAAGGAAGCUCGUCGCCAUGAAAUUCGGGAAAGAAUUUGCGAGCUAUCAGAAUCGCCUGCAAGAAUCGACAGACCUUACCGCGCGCUUUCCGCAGGUGAACUACCGCGCGCUAAAGAAGAUUCUCCGCCGCUGCAUCUCCUCCCGCGCGCUGCGCGCCGAGCUGCACGCGCAGGCGGAACCGCACGCGGCGGAGGCGGAGCUGUACGCGGACGGGGGCGCGGAAGCGGAUGCAGGGAGGGCAGCGGCGGAGGCGGGGAGGGAAGAGGCGAAGGCGGAGUUCAAGCUUUCCGUGGCGAACUGCGACGCAGUAACGACAUGCGCCCGCGGGGAGCUUUCCGCGCUUUCUGCGCCAGCAGCGAACAUGGUCGCGGAGGGGGUGGCGGAAAACGGGCCACCAGCAGCGGCGGAUGUCGCUGGUGGCUGCGCGCAGUGCGACGCGGAGUUUUUUGGGUUGCUAGAAGCUGAGUUAAUCAGCAUCGAGCGGAGCUUUAAUUCCGCUGCCACGCGGCUGCUGAGCUGUCACAACGCGAGAGGGCUCCAGCUCAUGUGCCACGUGCUCUCGCCACGUCAGCUCUUCUCUACGGGCGGACACGGUGGCUGGAAUCCGCGCUGGCAUUCGCACAAGCCAGCGGCCCUCCACCACGCAGCGAGCAGCCUUCUGGAACACCUCGCUAUAAGCUUCCUCGCUACGCAUAAGAUCAUCAAGAAAUACAUCAAGGUGCACCGCAGAACGAGCCUCAGCCCGAGGUUCUGCCCGUGCCUCAGCGUAUGCGACGGGCUCGGUACCCCGGAAUCAUGGGAGAAGGUGAAUCAUGUGAGGCGCCUCCAGGGGCGAACCGUACGGUCGCCAUUGCUCAUCGAAGUGACUGCGAUGGUGGCGAAUCUAGAGCUUGUGAUGGAGGGAGAGAGGAGAGGGAUGCACGGAGGAGGUCGUGGAGAGGAGAGGGAAGGAUUGGGAGGAGGAAUGGAAGGAGGAGGCAGGAAUGGACGGAAGAGGGGAAUGGAGAGCUUGAAGGCGUGUGCAGCAGAGGGGAUGGGGCCACGAGGGGAGAGAGGCGCCGAGAAGAGUGGAAGCAAGAAAAGUGGAACUGAGAAGAGUGGAGCGCAGGGGAGUGGCGUUGCAGCGUCAGUGUGUCCGCUCCUCGGCUCGGAGCUGCUGCUGAAGGCGGAGUUCAGAGCAAAGGUGGACGUCACCUGCCCCGUCUGCCUGGCAAAGGUGGACAUCACCUGCCCCGUCUGCCUGGUGAGCCCCAUGGGUUUCCUGAUGUGCUGUGCUUGCUCCGUCGCCCACGUGCCCGAGGUGCCCUUUGACCCGGUGUCUCUCGCCUGCACGCACAUCUUCUGUCGUGGCUGCGCUUGCUCCGUGGCGCACGUGCCGGUGUUUUUCGGCCUCGACUCCGCAUCGCCCCACAUCACGUGCCCUCUGUGCCGCCAGCAGGGGGUGUUUCGGCAUCCCCGGUCUCUCAGGGAACUGCACAGGCUCAUCAUGGCAAGGCAACCAGAGGAAUGGAAGGCGAGAAGAAAUGAGGAGCAGAAGAGGAGGCUCGAGGAGGAGAGGCGGUACUGGGAUGGUCAAAUGCGCAUAGCUAUGCACAUGAGGCUGGGUUCCCUCUCUGGCAUUCUUCUGCAGCAAUCAGCCCAGGAGCAAAACGUCAUGCGAACUCCCGCGAGAGCAGCAUACGCUCAUCCGCAUGGCGGACGGACUCCUGGUGCACCAUCCCCGCUCACUCCGUACUCAGCAAGGAUUGAGCAAUUGCAUUCGACGGCAACGAAGGCAGUUGAAAGCGCGGCCUCUACCGCUAUUAACUCUGCUCCCACGUCUGCUGUCGCGUCAUCCUCACCCUCGUUGAGUCCCUUCCGGGAAAGGAUAAACGAUUGGUAA